CUUCAGAAACUGCAUAAUCAUUAGGCCCAGCAUCAUUUUGGACUGGAAAACGGAGGUUAUCGCCCAGUUGACUUGUGACCAGUCGAAGUGGAGAGACGAAUAUCAUUCAUGGAAAUAAAAUAGAACCCUGUUUGGCACCCUUUUUUCAGUUGACAGACGUCUACGAGAUUAUUGAAACCUCAACAUGGCUGAGGUAACCAAUUUGAAACCAACAUAUGAGGUGUCCCCAGUGCUGGCAGGCUUCCUUGGUGCAGGGGUGCUGGUGGUCUCCGUCACCGUGGCUGUGUUCCUCUGGACCUGCUGCCAGCGGCGCUACCGCCGGGUGACGGGAGCCCACAAGUCAGGACACUGCGACCCACUCCUCGAUCAACCCUACAAAUUCAUCCACAUGCUUAAAGGCAUUAGCAUCUACCCUGAGACGCUAAACAACAAGAAGAUCGUCCGCGUGGGUCGGCGUGCCGGAACCUCGCUGAGCGAGGUGUCCAGGGGAGAGUUGAGUCACGGCAGGGAGCGAGGGAAAGGGAGAGGAGGGAGGGUUUUGCUGGUAGAUGCCGACCCCAAGACAGGGCUGCUCAGAGGUUCCUCCCACCUGCAGAUGAGCGACCUGACGAAGAGGGCUGGUCAGCCCAGGUUAGAGCGGGCUCUGCCCAUCCGUGCUGAUUACUGCUGCCUGGAGAGCAACUCUGGGGGGAACAGCAGCAGCAGUAGCUGUGAUGCCAGUAAAACCGUCUCGCCCUACACACCAUACCUGGGUGAGAUAUCGCCACCUGCCUUUCUGGGCACACUGUGCCUAGCAGUAGAUUAUAACUUCCCUAAAAAAGCUCUGGUGGUGACUAUCGUGGGUGCCAAGGGGCUACCUGCAGUAGGUGAGCAGGCAGGCAGCUCCGAUCCUUAUGUGAAGAUGACAAUCCUGCCAGAGAAGAAGAACAGAGUCAAAACACGUGUGUUGAGGAGGACCCUGGAUCCGGUGUUUGAUGAGACGUUUACCUUCUAUGGAAUAUCCUACAGCUCCCUGCCCGAGCUCACGCUCCAUUUCUUGGUGCUCAGCUUUGACCGGUUUGCCCGCGAUGACGUCAUUGGGGAGACAGCCGUGUCCCUCGCUGGGCUGGACCCCAGUACAGGACGCGUCCACAUCACCCAGCCCAUCAGGAAGCGGAAUGUCCAGUGCCUGAGCCGUGGCGAGCUGUUGGUGUCAUUGUCCUACCAGCCUGCUACUCACAGGCUGAAUGUGGUCGUUCUCAAGGCCAAACACUUGCCCAAGAUGGACGUCUCAGGCCUGUCAGGCAAUCCCUAUGUGAAGGUGAACGUGUAUUAUGGCCGCAAGCGCAUUGCCAAGAAAAAGACACAGGUAAAGAAGUGCACGCUCAAUCCGGUCUUCAACGAGUCCUUCAUGUACGACGUGCCAGCUGAGCUACUGGGCGAUGUCUCUGUGGAGUUCCUGGUGGUCGACUUUGACCGCACCACCAAGAACGAAGUGGUGGGCUGCCUGGUGUUGGGCGGCCAGAGCCUCAUGCCUCCGGGUGUCAUUCACUGGAGGGAGGUUUGUGACAAUCCUCAGCGACAGAUCGCCAAGUGGCACAACCUGGGCGAGUUUUAGAACUGCUCAAUAUGUAACAAUGUUUCGUAUCUCAGUUGCUGAAAGUCAAGUGGUUUCGGUUCACUGUCAAUCUCAAAUCAUUCUCCCCCUCCUUGGGAAGAGGUGUCAAUGGUGGGUUGAGGUGAGGCAUUUGCAGUUCACACCAGAACAGUGCAUCAUUGACACCCUUCCCAUAUCCAAAUCUUGCCCCACACAUCUCUAUAUUGGUGUAUACAGUUCAAUAUAUUACUUGCAUGCCUGAACAGUAUAAGACUGUACCUUGGGGAAAUGUGGUCACAGAUUGAUAUUCACUGGUUUCUAUCAUUUGGUUUCUUUGUCUUUCGAUUCAUUGGAGGGGAACAGUACCUUGAAACUACACAAAACUGAUCUCAUGUAGUCUUGGCUAUGUUGCUUUGUAUUGAUAUAUGGCUGUUUAAUAAGUGGAGGAACAACUUUCUUUUGCGAGACCGUUAUAACUGUAAGAGGCUGCUUUCAAUGGGUGUUAUUAUGUAAAGAGAAAUUCCUUUUUAACUGGUUUGAUAUAUUGCGUACAUCUACUGCAGGUCAGGUUACUUUCAAGUCUUAUGCAGAUCUGUCUAUCUAUCUAUUUUAUGGCAGCACUGAUAUAAAAAAUCUAAUGUAAAAGCUUUUCAUGUGUUCAGAAAUUAUGAAUUGGCUUGACAAGCUUUCCUCCCAGUUUUUGUUAAACAAAAUGGAGACCGUGUAAGCAUUGCUCGGUAUUAAUCAAUUUUAUUUUUGUUCCCAAACGUUUUUUAUAUGCUUUGCUAAGAGUACAAUCUAAGGUGCCUCAGUAGCACUCCAUCUCCUUGUUGUCUCCUUGCAUACCCCUGCUAGGCAAUCAAAUCGGCUGAGAUGAGAUUGUACUUAAACUCACUCACUUUAGUACUGCUAUUGUCAUG